UGCGUCAUAGAUUCUUAAGUUCAUGUAGUAUCAACAAAUAAUCUGGUUUACGUUGUCUUCUCAAUAAAGAUAUUUUUUAUAGAUUUAUAUUGUAUUAGAUAUAAUUUAAAAGAAAAUGUCUUAUCAGUUGUAUAGAAAUACAACCUUAGGAAAUACGUUACAAGAAAGUCUUGAUGAAUUGAUUCAGUAUGGACAAAUUACACCACAACUUGCCAUAAAAGUAUUAUUACAAUUUGACAAAGCAAUUAAUCAAGCACUUGCUACUAGAGUCAAAUCACGACUCACAUUUAAGGCAGGAAAAUUAAAUACUUAUAGAUUUUGUGAUAAUGUUUGGACAUUUAUGCUUAAUGACGUUGAGUUUCGAGAGGUGCAGGAAAUUGCUAUAGUAGAUAAAGUAAAAAUAGUUGCCUGUGAUGGUAAAACAUUAGACGCAGAUGCAGCAGCAAAACGAUAGCGAUUGUUAGAUUAUCUCAUAUUUAUAAGAAACGUUUGCUAUUGCUUUUUAAGUACACCUAGCCUUCGAUUUACACGGUAGAUUGGUUUUCUUAAAAUGCCAUGUAAAUUGAAAUCGUGCAAUUCGAAUCCACAUUUCACAUUGAAAAUAUAUAAUAAAUGUAACAAAUCCAUAUGAAAUAGUAUACGUCUUCUUUCAAUUCUUUUUCUUCUUAAUUAUUUUUUGUCUUCAGCUUUUUCUUCACUAAAACUUUUUUGAAAAAAUUGAUUGUUAUUUUACUACCCAUUUAGUGAUUCUAAUGUUGCAAAAAAAGUAAAAUGUAAUUAUUACAUUUGUCUAACUGUAUUAAGUUGAAAUGCUAUGUAAAUGGAAGUUGUUUUUCAUUUUUUGAACGGUGUUAAACCGAAAUCGUGCAAUUCGAAUACCGUGUAAUUUAACGGCUAAGUGUACUAUAAAAUAAUAUAUAUAACAUUUUUACAAUAGCCGCGAUAUCUUAAGAAAAUACAAUGCAAAUGCAAAAUAUGCAUUAAUUUCUCUUACUUCCUUACCGCCAAUAUUAUAUAAAAAGAUUAAAUUGUUACAAAUUAUAAUAAUAUUUAUUAAUAAGUAAAUACACUAUAUUUAUGCUAAGAA